CUUUCCUACCCUCAAUCAUAGCCAGCAUUCAGGCAAUGUCUUUAGUCUAGACCUCAGCUCAUCUCACACGUUGCUCUACUAGUCUCUCAAUCUUCAAUUUUUUCAACUUGAAUUCUUCUCAAUCGUUGUGUGAUUCCUGAACCCAUAUCAAAUCAUCUCCUCUAGACCGCCGUCCAUACAGGUUCAACAAUGGCGCCCCAACCCAAAGGCCCCAUCACGACACCACUCACCCAAAUCUUGGGUAUUUCGCACCCUAUAGUCCUUGCUGGGAUGGCUCGGACAUCGGGUGGGCUGCUCGCUGCAGCUGUUUCCAACGCAGGCGGCCUAGGUGUGAUCGGAGGCUUCAUGUAUACGCCUGACCAGUUGAGGUCGAUUAUUGCAGAGAUGAAGGAGAAUUUCAAAUCGCCGGACCUACCUUUUGGUGUAGACCUUGCGCUGCCCCAAAUCGGCGGCAAUGCACGGAAGACAAACCAUGACUACACGGGUGGGAAGCUGGAUGAGCUGAUUGAUAUCACGAUCGAGAGCGGUGCCAAGCUCUUUGUCAGUGCCGUCGGCGUGCCGCCCAAAGCUGUAAUCGACCGGCUACAUAAUGCUGGCAUCCUUAUUAUGAACAUGGUCGGGCACCCUAAGCAUGCUGUUAAAGCUCUUGAUCUCGGCGUUGAUAUGGUCUGUGCCCAAGGUGGUGAGGGAGGCGGGCAUACAGGCGAGAUCGCCAACUCAAUCCUCAUCCCCGCCGUCGUAGAUGUGGCACGCAAGUACAAGCCGCCGAUGCUAAAGGGGUCUCAUGCGCUCGUGGUUGCAGCCGGUGGCAUCGGUAAUGGGCGUGCUUUGGCUUCGAGCUUGAUGCAGGGCGCUGUCGCCGUGUGGGUAGGAACACGCUUCGUGGCAUCCGAGGAAGCCAGCUGCUCCGAGGAGCAGAAGCGCAGCGUAGUAACUUGCGGCUUUACCGACACAGAACGCACCCUCGUCCUCUCGGGCCGCCCACUCCGCAUGCGCACGAACGAGUAUAUCGCAGCCUGGCAUGCGCAACCCGACAAGAUCAAGGAGCUGUGUGAUAACGGUGUCGUGCCCAUCGAGUACGACUUCGAGCAAGGAAAUGAGGUCGACCCACCACAUCUUAUGGGCCAGGUCGCGGGCCUAAUUCAGAAAAUCCAGCCGGCGAAGGAGAUCGUGGAUGAUAUGGUCGCCGAAGCGACUGCUAUGCUAAAGCUUGGUAGCACGUAUAUUGCCGAUGGUCCCGUGGGCAGCAAACUCUAGUAGAAUUAGUAUUCGCAUAUUCGCGAAGAGUUGGCUCCAACAAUGGCUGUACCACGAUUUUCCAUCUCGCAUGAUCCAGGCUGUACCGAAGCGAUAAGACACGUCAAAAC